AUGGAUAUACAACAUUUUGAUAAUACAUCAAAGAAGAACUCUUUUUCUUUACCAGAACUUCCUUCUCAAGUAAAGUCAGUAAAUGAAUUACAAAAUGAAGACAUAAAACAAAAAGAAGAAAAUGAUGUGUCAAAUCAUAAAUAUGGAAGAAGUUCUGAUACUUCUCAAUACUCAAAAAGGAAUAUUAUUAAACCUUCAAAAAUUUAUAUAGAACCUGUUAAAAGAAGUAUUGAUGAUAUUUCAAAAGAUAUUGAAAAUAAAUUAAAAUUAACUGAUUCCCAACAGUUAAUUCCUGAAUUGUGUUUAUCUCCACGUGUUAUUCGCAUUGGAGUACAUUCAAAAAGAGCUGUUUCAAAUGGAUUGUGA